CAUUUAUUUCCCCACCAGAACGCCACAACUCCUACGUCCUGCUCUAACCCAACCCAACAUCACCUUCUCAAUCUUGUGGAAACGACCUCUCUUAAAUACGCUUUUGUCUAUGGAUAAUGAUGUAUUACGGAACUUCAUCAAUGUCGUCCAAGUCACCUUACUGGGACCCCGAGACUGUUCUCGAACUCAUUCAUCCCCUCAGACACGCGGUGAGAUGCACAGGAAUCGCGCCGUCCAAGAGACGGCGUUGUAUGAAUCAAGUUGCGUCAUUUAGUGAUGGCCGCAGAAUUCUUGACAAUCUUGCAAGGACUAUGGACGCUACUCAGGCCGCCGAAUCUCCAGACUUGAAGAACGCAGCAAGCAGCACGCUAUGUUACUUACACGGGGACCAAUACAUCAAAGUCGCCCGGCAGUGGAGCUCUUUACUACGCGCUUGGCAAUUGCAGAACAAAACAAGCACACUAAAGUCGGACUCAGACACAACACCGCUCAGGCGUACCAAGGCCGCCAAGCCCUUUGCUGAAAGUAUCAGGGUGAAAGUGGAGGAUGAUGACGGUCUCGCCAAAACAGAGCGGGACAGGCAGUGGGAGGCUAUCGAAGCCAUGAUGAAGAAACUCGGUAUAAACAUGCAAGAUGUUUUGGAUGAUAUGGAGCGCAAACAAUGGGAUAGAGAGGCACGGAAGCAUGAGAAGCGUGAGGAUGAACGAAAAAAGCGGCAGGAGUUUGAGCAGGAAAAGCGUGACCGAGCGAGGCAGGAGAAAGAGAGGCAGGAGAAAGAGAGGCAGGAGAAAGAGAGGCAGGAAAAGGAGAGACAGGAGAAAGAAAGGCAGGAGCAGAGAAAGGCCGAGGAGGAGAAGAAACGCAAAGAAAAGGAAGCACGCGAGGAAGCUAUCAGGGAGCGAGCACGCAUCGCCCGAGAGAAGCGAGCAAAGGAGGCUCGCGAGAAAGCCGAAAAAGAGGCACAGGAGUGGGCUCAAGCCUGGAAGAGAUACUGCAAAGCGUGGAACCGUAUCGAAACUGAUUUAUAUGCCAAGUUUUCUGAAGAUGAUGUUCCAUGGCCAGUGAGAUCGGGCCUAUUGGCUGAUGUCAACGAGGUCGACGUGAAGACGUUCUUCAGGAAAGCACCACCUGGAUGCAAAUCAGGACGAUCUGACGUGGAUCAACUUAGCCUCAAGAAAGAAAUUCUGAGAUGGCAUACUGAUAAGAUACUGCAUCGGCUUGGCCCUGAAGUUUGCAAUGGUAAACAGAAGGAAUCACUGAGAACUAUUGCUGCGGUGAUGAUCAAGCUAAGGCAGGAAGCUGCAAAAACUAGAUAAUGGCUACGCAC